UUCCCUCGUUGUCUUCCUCUCAUUGACCUCGAUCAACCUCCUGCUCAGCAUCUCCAGCAAGGGGCACCGUUCAUGAUGAGGAUUUUGACGUGGAACGUCAACGUCCUCCGGACGGUGCUCGAUUAUCAUCCGUUCUCGAGUCUGCCUAAUAAGAACGUCGAAGGACUACUUGAAGAGCUCAAGGCUGACAUUAUCUGCUUCCAAGAGCACAAGACUCGCCGCCAGCAACUCGACCGAAGCAUGGCGUGUCCCGGUCCGUUUGACGCGUUCUGGACUUUUCCUCGAAGCAAACUGGGAUACUCUGGCGUGUGUACAUACGUCGACUCACGCGUGUGCGUCCCAUUACGCGCUGAGGAGGGCAUCACCGGGCUUCUUCUCUCCGAGCCCGGCGGCACCAUGAAGCCCCCAUGGACAGCGGAGGAGAAGAUCGGCUGCUAUCCCGACAUGGAUGACGUGCAACUUGACGACGAAUUUGACGGCACACCAUUCGACCCCCGCUCGCUGGACGUUGAGGGGCGUGCCGUCGUGCUAGAUUUCGGACUGUUUGUGCUGUUCAACCUCUAUUGUCCCAACGAGACCAACGAACAGCGGCGACCAUACAAGAUGAACUUCCUUCGCACAUUACAAGCGCGUGUGGAUGCGCUUGUAGCUGCUGGGCGCGAAGUUAUCAUCGCGGGUGACAUCAAUGUCAUGCGCGCUCCGCUGGAUUCCGGGGAAGGUGGGGUGAAGACAACGGCGGAGCAACACUACGAGCACCCUGCGCGAGUUUGGCUCGACAGCUGGUGUGCGCCAAAGGGCCCAAUGGUGGAUGUUGUUCGCGAGUCGUGGCCCAACCGCGAGGGCAUGUUCACCUGUUGGAACCAAAAGAUUGACGCAAGGCCAGCUAAUUAUGGCUCUCGCAUUGACCUCAUUCUCUGCACCCCGGGCCUGCGCCCUUGGAUCAAUGGUGGCGACAUUCAGAAUAAGGUGUACGGAUCGGACCACUGUCCGGUGUACAUCGAUCUGCAUGAUUCUAUCGAUCGCGACGGCCAGACGAUAUUCAUCCGUGAUUUGUUGAACCCGGUCAACAGACCACCAAGUACCGGCACGGUCUUUCCAUGGGACGAGCCAAGGAGUGCCCCGCAACCUCCGCGUUUUGCUACUAAGUUUAUGGAGGAGUUCAGCGCGAAACAACGUACUCUGAAAAGCCUGUGGGCAAAUACCAAACCGAAAGUGAAGCCAGUGCAGACGAAGACACAGGAGACGAAGGCGGAGUCGGACCCAGACAGAGAGGAAAUACCCCUGGAGCCAUCCACUACUAUGGGAAUCGCUCGCGCCGCAUUUGUUGCGCUCGAUGCGUCCCCGAGCGUUGCACGGCCAGCAUUCAUUGAUGAGUCUCCUUCAGCGCAAGCGUCAACAUCCGCCACGGCGACGCAGACUACGCAGGCUACGCAAGAGGCAGCUUCAGGCACUAGCUCUGCACGGCCUACUCCGGUCAAGCGCACUGAGCCCUCCACAGUUGACCUUACUCAGGACUCACCGCCUGCCAAGAAGAUGUCCUUGGGACGGACGAGAAGCACACCGGUUCCGAAAGGCAAACAGAAGAAGGCCUCAACCAACGGACAAGCAAAGUUGGCUGCAUUUUGGUCGGUUCCCAAGGCUAAGCCAAAAGCGAAAGAGCCCAGCCCGCCUCGCUUUCCGCAGACCUCCCUCCCCAGCACCCCAAAGCAGGCUUCACAGGUCGGCUCGCUUCUCGGUGAGAUGGACGAACCUCCAGAUACAGUCCAAGACGAGCUGUUUGCUCAGGCAUUGGCGGAGGAAGAUGCAGAAGUGGAGGCUGAGCGAGCACGAGAACGGGAGGCGCGCAAUCAAGCAGCAGGGUCCCAGUGGGCGAGCAUGUUCGCCCCGAAGAAGGCUCCAUUGUGCACUGUUCAUCAACAUCCUUGCAAGGACUUCAUUGUAAAGGUUCAGGGCCCCAAUAAGGGGAAGCGUUUCUGGCUGUGUUCGAAACCGGUGGGCCCGGGAUACGACAUGGGCCGGUCGAAACGGCCACGUGAGGACGUGGAUCCCCGGUAUCGGUGCAACUUCUUCCUAUGGGACUCUGCGAAUUCGCAGCGGGAAGUGCCCCGGCGACUGGGAGGGGGUAGCAGCAUCAGCGCAGGUGGCACGAACGAUCCAGGCGUAUGAGUUGCAAGACGUCUACCUGCAUUUGUACAAGUAUCUCGUUGUCACUUCACACGUACAUCAAGCAUGAGAGUACGGACCUCUAUCCAUCUCAAGUCAGCGGAAAUGAAAGGGGGCCUGAGGUCCACGCGUAGAUGAGGCUUCGAAUGCAUGGACGGGCUUCUCCAUCGAUCGGUUUGCCGCCCGCCCUCGCUUGUUGCUAUUGGAGGUUCGUUAAGGACUGUGCCAAGCAUUCAUGGCCACGCCCGAGUAGUGCAAGGCUGCAGAAAGCGCCGCAACAACGAAAGGCCUCGAGUGUAUUUUGUGAGUAGCAAAGCAUGAGUCGUGGCUGCCCAUAUGCCCAUGCCUCCGAACGCCGAAGAAUGGAAGA